UGGUAUUAUCAUUUUAAACAUAUCAUUUUCUACAUAUCAUUUUGGUACUAUCAUUUUAAACAUAUCAUUUUCUACAUAUCAUUUUGGUACUAUCAUUUUAAACAUACCAUUUUCUACAUAUCAUUUUGGUACUAUCAUUUUAAACAUAUCAUUUUCUACAUAUCAUUUUGGUAUUAUCAUUUUAAACAUACCAUUUUCUACAUAUCAUUUUGGUAUUAUCAUUUUAAACAUACCAUUUUCUACAUAUCAUUUUGGUAUUAUCAUUUUAAACAUAUCAUUUUCUACAUAUCAUUUUGGUACUAUCAUUUUAAACAUACCAUUUUCUACAUAUCAUUUUCGACAUAUCAUUUUGGUAUUAUCAUUUUGGUACUAUCAUUUUAA